UCAUCGCGGAUAAACUUCAUCUGGUUUAUAAACAUUACAAAAUAGUCUACAAUCACAUGAUAACAGAUAUUCUCGAUAUCCUUUACUGACGAAUUAUAAGUGAAGAAUCCAUCAAUUUCCUCAGUUAUUCUUAGGUGAGAAAUAAAAUAAAAUCAGUGAAAUAGAAAUGUCAAAGUUACCAAUAAAGGAUACAUCUGUGAGAAUCACCCCUUCAGCGGCUUUUCUAAAGAUUAUAGCGAAGCAUUUUCCCUGUGAUUCGCUGACAGCAGAAGAGAUCAAGCAUGCAUGUAAAAAUAAACUGAGGAAAUACACGAAAACGGGAGCUAAUCCAGAGGACGAAUCUGUUAGACUCACAGCACUAGAACAAAAAUUUCUAGAAGAGCGAAAAAUCAAAAACACCGAGGAGUGGAGAAUUUUUGAUAAAAAUGAUGGUCAAUUCAUCGAUAAUGAUCGAUCGGAAAUGUUUGUAAAAUCGAAAGAUUCAAACACAUUGACGCUGAGUUUGGUCGAUUUGAAAUUGUUGUUCCGAGCGCUGAGCAUUGCACGGAAAGAGGAUGAAACCACACCAUACUUACAUGAACUUAUGAAGGAUAGCGAAAUUAUCCUACCUGAAAACGAAAUCCUUCAACGGAAUCCCAUUCUGGAAGCUCGUUGCCAGAAGCUUCGUAAAGAACAAGAAGCUAAAGAGUACCAGGCUAUGACUCGGGACGUGGACAAUGUAAGGAAACUCGCCCCGCAAGACACGAUCUCUUUUCAAAUGAAACAAAUCAAUAAACAACUGAUUGCCGUCGCCCAGUUUAUUUUCUCAGUGGCAGCAGGCUUCGCGUUUGGAUUUAUUGGUGUGGAAUUAAUCAUCGGUCAAUUGGAUUUCGGUUUUCGGCUUUUGCUUGGAAUCAUGAUUGCCCUCGUCAUAGCACUUGCUGAAAUAUAUUUCCUAGCCAAGAAGUUAAACGAGGAGUACGAUGCUUCCAUGCCUCAGAACGUUCCAGCUUAUUCGGAUAUUGAGAACAGAAAAGUAGUUGAAUCAAUUCGAAUCACAGCAAAUUAUACGGCUUCCAAGACUGAAAAAGUACACAAGGAUUAGAUAUAUACUGUAAUGAGUGCUGAACACACAUUUAUAUUCAGUUAAACAAAAAUCGAUGUUGGUUUUUUAUUAAAACAUUGUCA